AUGUGCAAUUAUAGAAGUGCACACAAAAAUGAUUUAAAAAAACAUAAAAGGACGCACACGGGCGAAAAGCCUUUUUCUUGCGAGAUAUGUAAUCAUAAAUUUGCACAAAAAAUACAGUUAUUAAAUCACAUAAAAACACACACUGGCGAAAAGCCUUUUUCUUGUGAGAUAUGUGAUUAUAAAUGUGCACAUAAACAUAAUUUAUUAAAUCACAUAAAAACGCACACUGGUGAGAAGCCUUUUUCUUGUGAGAUGUGCAAUUAUAGAUGUGCACUUAAAGAUGAUUUAAAAAGGCAUAAAAGAAUCCACACUGGCGAAAAGCCUUUUUCUUGCGAGAUAUGUGAUUAUAAAUUUGCACAAAAAGUACAUUUAUUAAAUCACAUAAAAAAGCACACUGGCGAAAAGCCUUUUUCUUGUGAGAUAUGUGAUUAUAAAUGUGCACAUAAACAUAAUUUAUUAGGUCACAUGAAAACGCACACUGGCGAGAAGCCUUUUUCUUGUGAGAUGUGUAAUUAUAAAUCUGCACGUAAACAUAAUUUAUUAGAUCACAUGAAAACGCAUACUGGCGAGAAGCCGUUUUCUUGUGAGCUAUGUAAUUACAAAUUUGUACAAAAACAUAAUUUAUUAGAUCACAUGAGAACGCACACUGGCGAAAAGCCCUAUUUUUGUGACAUAUGUGAUUACAAAUCUGCACGUCGAAGUAACUUAUUGAUGCAUAAGAAGAGAGUGCACUUUAUCGACUUCUAGGCCGCAAGAGUAAUAAAGAACUAGUAACAUUUUUUUUUAAUGGUCUUAAAUUGUUUAUUAGCAUUCUACGAGAUUGAAAAAAAUUUUUUUUUUUUUGAUACAUGGUAAUUUUAAUUUGUAAAUAUUUUUUGACAAUACGAGCCAAAACGCAUGACGUAACAAAUCAUUUAGAAAAUGUUUGACAAAAAUAUUAAUUAACAAUCGUCACAAAAUGGACGACAGUGUUUUUUGACGUUUGGAAAAUUUUAUAAAAUACUUGGUAUUUAGAUUAAGUUCUGUAAGAAAUCCUUAACUUUUAUUAAUUGAUAUCGAUAUAUUUCGGAUCCUUAUUCCAUGUAGUAGGUACACGAAAUUAAUAUUGUUUAUAUUAAUUAAAACGAAACUUUUUGUUUUCAUACAAAGUAAUUCAAAAUAAUUUCUACUAUCCAUGUAACACACGCCUUUAUCUAUCCUUGCAUUUUAAAAUACGUAAUCGUUGUGGUAAGACUGUCGAUAUCGACGAGAUAUUGCAACUGGCACUCCGCACUUCACUAGUAAGCUACUUCAUAAUAUUUAUCAAUGAAUGAGUUAAUAAGAAUAGCGCUGAUAUAAUCAGAUGUAAACCAGGAUUAACUACCGUUUAGCAGAGAGUCAAGCACGAGCGAAAUCACGGACUGGCAACCGCUAGUAGCAGGGUUAAAGGAUCUUUUUAAAUUUAACAAAUACUCCCCUUCUCCGCUCGUGUUGGUUCCUGGCCAAGUAACUAACAAUGCAAUACUAACCGGACGAUAACUCACUCAUUUGAUUCACUGACUCACUACUUAACUUCUACAUCACUAUCACUAUUUAACAAAUGGAAGACUACCAUCCAUUCCGAAAUCGCGAUUACAACUGAACUACUAAACUAGCAGACUAGAGUAGAAGCAGGUUGCCUCCACUCAGUGAAGCGUACCGGUCUCCCACUACUCCCCACCUAAUUACACGGAAAACUUAGUACUCGGCUCAUGACGCGAAUCGACCGAUCUAAUGACUCCCUGCCAAACUGACUAGAUCCAGCUCAAACGUUCAACUCAAUAAACAUCGCUCACUCCGAAAUCGUCAACUGACAGAUGUCCACAGACAAACAACUGACCGAUAAACGAGACGUACUUUGACGUUUCUAAAAGAUAUUGCUAUCAAAUUAAUCACUCAUAAAAAAGUUAGAUGGCGCUAUAAUUAUCUAAUCUUGCGAUAGAUAGAUAGACAAGAUAGUAUUUUGUCGUUCAUCGUCGUCUUAGUGCUGCAAUACUGCAAUGAUUAAUAAAUAUGUAGCGGGGAGAAAAUCUGAACAAAAAAAAAUCACCAAGAACAGAAAUUGUAAUCGUUUGUUCCAAAGUUUGUCUUCAGAACUUUUUAAUAUUUCACACAAAAUAAAUUAUAAAUCACUAA